UUCUAUUAUUGUUUUUUUUUCCUUGUUUUUUUCCUUGUAAUAUAUAUAUAUAUAUAUAUAAUUACUUUUAAUAUGAGGAUGAAGUACCAUUCUCUCUUACUAAGUUUUAUUUAUUGGACUUUGUCAAUAUCUGCUACUGAACAACAUCAAUAUAAUGAACUCGAUUUAUCUUUACCAUUUACACCUGUUAUAUCUUCUCCUUAUCUUAUGACAACAACUCCAAACAAAGGAAAAGAUGGAGAUGGUAAAUGUCCUGAAUGUCCUGCUUGUUUUAACUGUAUGUUACCUGGUUUUGAAUGUCUUCAUUUUGCCAACUGUAGCGAAUACAAUGGAAAGUGCAAUUGUCCUCCUGGUUUUGGUGGUGACGAUUGUAAACAACCUCUAUGUGGUGGUUUAGGUGAUGGUAGAAAUAGAUAUCCAAGACAAAAUGGUACUACGUGUGAUUGUCCUGAAGGUUGGGAAGGUAUUAACUGUAAUGUAUGUACUCAAGAUUCUGUAUGUGAUCCUUUGGUUCCUACUGGUCAAAAUGGUACUUGUUAUCGAGGUGGUUUGGCCGUAUUUGAAAAUCAUCAAAUGUGCAAUGUGACAAAUCGAAAAAUUAUUGAACAGCUAAAGGACCAAAUUCCUCAAGUGACCUUUUCUUGUGAUCGACGUCAAGAAACUUGCGAUUUUCAAUUCUGGGUGGAUGAAGUGGAAUCCUUUUAUUGUCAUUUGGAUACUUGUCAAUUUGAUCAAGUUUAUGAUUAUGAUCGAAAUUCAACAAAAUACAAAUGUGAAAAUAUCAAUUGUCGUUGUAUCAAGGAUGAGUUUUUAUGUGGAAAGGAUGGUUCUGUUGAUCUUACUGAUAUGCUAAAGGAUGAAAUUCAAGGACCAGCAACCUUCAACUGUGUUGGCCCUCAAUGCUUAUUCUCUGAACCAGCUAUGGAUGAUUUGAUUUCUGCUAUUUUUGGUGAUGAUUCCAUCUUUUUGAAUUGUAAUUCUGGUGAAUGUUUACAUUAUACAAUGGUGCCUGGUUUUGAUCGACCUGAACGGCCUAUCAAUUGGAUUAUGAUUGUGAGUGGGAUUGCUGGUGUAGCUGUAUUUUUGAUCAUUAUCUCUAUGGUUGUUACUUAUUUUGCCAAGAAAUCAUCAAGCAAUGCUGGUCAAUAUAUUCAGUUGGCAGAUGAUGAAGCAGGAAAACUUAUGGCUGAGCAUACUCCGACAAGUUUGAUUUUUGAUGGUAUCUCUUAUAAUGUGGAUGGACUUGAUAUUCUUGAAAAUACGACUGGUAUGGUUCGUCCUGGUGAAGUCAUGGCUAUUAUGGGACCUUCUGGUGCUGGAAAAACAACGUUACUUGAUAUUUUGGCUAAUCGAACCAAAUCAGGCACGGUAUCUGGUCAAGUACUUGUAAAUGGUCAUCAACUUUCUCCUCGUCAAUACAAAAGUUUGAUUGGUUAUGUGGAUCAAGAAGAUACCAUGAUUUCAACAUUGACUGUAUACGAAACUAUUUUAUAUUCGGCUUUGUUACGACUUCCACGUUCUAUGAGUACGGCUGCCAAGAAAUUCCGAGUGAUGGAGGUGAUGCAAGAAUUAGGUAUUGAUACAAUCAAGGAUUCUCGAAUUGGUCAUGCUGGACAUCGUUCUAUCAGUGGAGGUGAACGUAGAAGAGUGGCUAUUGCUUGUGAACUGGUGACAUCUCCGUCUAUUCUCUUUUUGGAUGAACCCACUAGUGGACUGGAUGCCUACAAUGCUUAUAAUGUGGUAGAAUCUCUAGUGACUUUGGCCAGAGAAUAUAACCGUACUGUUGUAUUUACCAUUCAUCAACCUCGCUCCAAUAUUGUGACCUUAUUUGAUCAACUUGUUUUACUUGCCAAAGGACGUGUGAUUUAUUCCGGACCUCAAGUUCGUGCUCAAUCUUAUUUCAGAACUAUCGGUUACCCUUGUCCUCCUGGAUUCAAUAUUGCUGAUUUCUUGGUGGAUUUGACCAUGCAACCUGUGGAACCUCGACAACAGACCAUUCAAGAUGAAGAUAUUUUAGAUACCCCUCGUCAGCAACAAUCUCAACUCUUUAAUGCCAAUACUACUCUCUAUCAUGAUGAUUUGGAAAACACAAGUGAACAGUGGGCGGCAGAAUUAGGAGCUAGGCAACAAAGAUCAUCACCAAAUGCAUCAAGACGCAACAAUAAUAACAAGAAUAUGGAUGUAGUGGUGAUGGAUGGUGGCGAUUCCUCAUUGUAUCAAGUAGAUAAAAAUGGUGUAUCAGUACACAUUCGACGACUUGUGGAUGCUUAUCAACAUAGUGCAGUGGCGGCUACAGUGCGUGAUCAUAUUGAACGAUUUGUUGCGGCAGCUUCAGGUACUCCAGAAGAAGCAGAACAAAGUGGAUUAGAGUCUGCUCCUGUUCCUAUUUCAACUCAUGAACGACCUGGUUGGCUUACUCAAUUCCGUAUCCUUGCUGAUCGUACUUUCAAGAAUCUCUAUCGAAACCCUAUGUUGAUGUUUACACAUUAUGCCAUUGCUGUCGUACUUGCUUUGAUUUGUGGAGGUUUAUUCUAUCAGGUAUCCAAUACCAUUGCAGGUUUCCAAAACCGAAUGGGUAUGUUUUUCUUUUUUGAAGCAUUACUUGGGUUUAUGUGUUUGACAUCACUACAAGUGUUUUCAAGCGAACGUAUCUUAUUUGUUCGUGAACGUGCCAAUGGUUAUUAUUCACCAGCAACCUACUUUUUAUCCAAGGUAUUAUUUGAUAUCAUUCCUCUUCGGGUAGUACCUCCGUUGAUGAUGGGUCUGAUAUCGUACUACAUGGUGGGUUUAGUCGAAGGUGUUCCUGAAUUCUUGAAGUUUUUAUUGGUCUUGGUCUUGUUCAACCUGACUGCUGCUGCUUGUUGUCUUGCUAUUGGAGUUGUCUUCAAAAAUCUAUCCAUGGCUAACUUACUUAGUUGUAUGGUCAUGUUGUUCUCCAUGUUAUUUGCCGGUUUAUUACUCAACAAAGAAUCCAUGUCUCCUUAUUUUGGUUGGCUCAAAUAUCUAUCCUUUUUCAAUUAUGCAUUGGAAGCUCUCUUGGUGAAUGAAAUGCUUUAUCUUCAAUUGGUAGAAGAACGUUAUGGAUUGAACAUCGAUGUUCCUGGUGCUACCAUUUUGUCUACAUUUGGAUUCAAUGCAAAGAAUUAUUGGCCUGAUGUGAUUCGAUUGGCAUCCAUGUUCUUAUUCUUUAUUGCCUUUGCCUUUAUUUGGCUUGUUCUUUUUGUCAAGGAAAGACGAUAGACUUUUAUAUUUUGUAGUUUAUAAUUAUUAUUUUUUUAUUUAUGAGGGGGUAGUUUUAUACUAUAGUAUAUACUUUUUUUUUUGUUUUGUCUUCUGUGGGAUGUGGAUGUUUUUUUUUUAGUUUGGAUGAAAUGUAUUUUUUUUUCUUUUUUUUUUUU